AUGAAUCCUAAAGGAGAGACGAUCAUGCGUGAUCUUAUCGCAGAACUGGAGCAGAUGCACUCACGAUAUACUGUGCAGCGAUUCAUCAGCAGUGGGAGUUACGGCGCGGUCUGCGCAGGCGUUGAUGAGAAUGACCGGGCAGUGGCUAUUAAGCGUGUAUUUAAUACGGUCUCUGAUGGUCGCACUGUGAAUAUUCUCUCUGACCCAUUUCUCUGCAAGCGAGUCCUGCGAGAGAUUAUGCUUCUUAAUCACUUUCACCACCCAAACAUUCUCGGACUGCGAGAUAUCUUUAUUCACUUACAACCCCCGAGUCUACACAAGUUGUAUCUCGUCACGGAUCUCAUGCGUACAGACCUCGCACAGGUGAUUCACGAUCAACGCAUUCAAAUCUCACCGCAGCACAUUCAAUUCUUCAUGUAUCACAUUCUCUUAGCGCUGCACGUCCUGCACGAGGCGGGUGUGGUCCACAGGGAUCUUCACCCCGGCAAUGUGUUGGUUGCGGAGAACAAUGAUAUCACCAUCUGCGACUUUAAUCUCGCCCGCGAGGACACACAAGAUCAGAACAAAACACACUACGUCACGCAUCGCUGGUAUCGCGCCCCAGAGCUCGUUAUGCAGUUUAAAGGCUUUACAAAACUUGUAGAUAUUUGGUCCGCCGGCUGUGUGAUGGCGGAGUUAUUUAACCGCAAGGCACUUUUCCGCGGCUCCACCUUUUACAAUCAACUGGAUAAGAUUGUGGAGGUGGUCGGCACACCGGAUGGGGAUGAUGUCGUGAUGUUCUCUUCUCCACAGGCACGUGAUUAUUUACAAACUUCACUCGCGCAUUGCAAGAAGCGGCCGUGGAGUGAAGUGGUGCCCACUGCAGACGCGGAGGCACUCGAUCUGCUUGGAAAGAUGUUGGAGUUUAACCCCGCACGGCGAAUUACCGCAGAGCAGGCAUUACAACACCCGUACUUUCAUUCCCUGUACGAUCCAAUGGAUCUCAAAGAUGCACAUAGUGAGCCAUUCCACUUUCGUGAUGUAAAUGAUAUUCCCACCAUGCACGCAAUGUUUCUCGAGGAGGUUCGACGCUUUGGCGUUUUGAAAGAAAAGCGGGAGAACAUCGCCCAACAAAGAGCAGCAGCGGCAGCAGCGACGGCGCAUUCCGAUGUUCUCGGUGCUGAUCACAUGCUGCGUACCCACAGUCUGAUGGAAGUGGCGGAGAUGAUUCGCAAAUAG